AUGAAUGAAAAGGCUGGUGUCUCUAAAGAGCUCAAUGCUAAACAUGCAAAGAUUUUGGACGGACUCCUGAAGCAUCCAGAGAAUAGGGAGUGUGCAGAUUGUCGUAGCAAAGCUCCAAGGUGGGCUAGCAUAAACCUGGGAAUAUUUAUAUGUAUGCAAUGCUCUGGAAUUCAUCGGAGUCUUGGCGUCCAUAUUUCAAAGGUCAGAUCCACAACGUUAGACACAUGGCUACCGGAGCAAGUUGCUUUUAUGCAAUCUAUGGGCAACCAGAAGGCUAACAGUUACUGGGAGGGAGGGCUACCACUGAACGUCGAUAGAAGCAACAUUGAAAGUUUCAUCCGUGCCAAGUAUCAGGAGAAAAGGUGGAUUUCUCCUAAAGCAACUCUAGCAAUUCACACAGUCAGUGAAAAGUGCUCAAAUGGCAAUAAUUUGGUAGGAGGAGCCAGAAAUGGUGUUCCAAGGAAAGCUAGGAAAUAUUCGCUUGAGGAGGAGAUGUUUAGCAAAUACAUGUUACAAGCUGGUAUUCCUGCACGGCCAAGAACGGCUUCUUUAGACAUCACAGAUACAGCCUCACCGUCCAUAAAUGGGUUCACCAAUGAACAUAAUUCAUCUGUAAAUAAUGUUGACAAUCAAAAAGAUGUCUUCAGUUUGCUAUAUGUCCCGGACUUGAAACAUGAUCGCGUUGUUGUGCCUCCUUCUCAUUGGGCGACAUUCGAGUGUAAGACUGCAACUUCUAUAAGAGACAAUGCAUAUGUGGGAAGAACUACUCUAUCAAUAAGCUAUCAAGUUAGCCAUCUGAGUCGCCAUCGCGUUUCUAACACAAAAAACCACAAUCGCGGUUCUUGGUUUGGCUUCAAUUUGGGUCACCUUGUGGCAGUUCCAAGCUUUGCAGUUGGGGAGUUAUAUUCUCUCUUCUUCUUCACGAGAUUGCAGGUGCAAUAG